GAUGAUUGCCGGCCAAGCAAAAGGCAAAGAGCCCAGGUCUCUUUCUUUUCUAUAAAUUUGCAGCUCGUUUUGCUCUUUUUUUCAUCUGAAGAUUCGAGCUCGGAUGAGCUCAAAUUGAGGCAUGCACGCCUAAACUUAUCACUCAAGAGGUUUCUUUCUACAUGCAGACUAUCAAAGAUUCAGAGGGAGAUCUGGGGAUCAAGAAGUAGAAGAGGUUUUACAACUUAGAAGAAUCGAAGAAUCAUUGUGAAGGAUACUUCUUUGUUGUGAAGAAGUGAUGGAGGAGUACGAGGAUAAGUAUACCAAAGAUGGAACUACCGAUCUCCGUGGAAAUCCUUCUCUCAAAAAGAAUACUGGAAGAUGGAGGGCUUGUCCCUACAUUCUGGCAAAUGAAUGCUGUGAAAGAUUGGCAUACUAUGGGAUGAGCACCAAUCUGGUGAACUUCAUGAAGGAGUUCCUCAAUCAAGGAAAUACCAGUGCAGCCAACAAUGUCACCAAUUGGUCAGGGACGUGUUAUAUUACGCCCCUCCUUGGGGCUUUUAUAGCCGACGCUUAUUUAGGACGAUACAAGACGAUUGCCAGUUUCAUGAUGAUCUAUAUCAUGGGCUUGACACUUCUUACAAUGACAUCCUCCAUCAAAGGCCUAAAACCGACAUGCCACAAUGGAGCCUGCGACCCCACAUCAGCACAGUCCGCGGUAGUAUUCGUAGCGCUCUAUCUCAUCGCUCUCGGCACCGGAGGAAUCAAACCGUGUGUCUCUUCUUUCGGCGCCGACCAAUUUGAUGAAUCUGACGAAAAUGAAAACAAAAGCAAGAGCUCCUUUUUCAACUGGUUCUAUUUCUCGAUCAAUAUUGGAGCUCUCAUCGCUUCGUCUGUACUUGUUUGGAUACAGACUAAUGUUGGCUGGGGAUGGGGGUUUGGAAUUCCGGCAGUGGUUAUGGCUGUUGCUGUUGUGAGCUUUUUUGUGGGGACGCCGUUGUAUAGGCAUCAGAAGCCUGGAGGUAGUCCGCUAACGAGAAUUGCUCAGGUUGUUGUGGCGGCGUCUAGGAAAUGUAAUGUGAAGGUUCCGAAUGAUAAGGCUUUGUUGUUUGAGGUUUCUGAUAAGGAGUCUGCAAUUGAAGGGAGUCGUAAGCUUGAACAUACUGAACAACUCAAAUUCUUCGACAAAGCUACUGUGGAGACUCAGACCGACAAGAUCAACGAUCAACUAAGUCCAUGGAGGCUCUGCACAGUGACCCAAGUCGAGGAACUCAAGAGUGUUGUCCGCCUCCUCCCAAUCUGGGCGAGUGGCAUAAUCUUUGCCACCGUCUACGGCCAAAUGAGCACCAUGUUUGUCCUCCAAGGCGACACUCUCGACCCAAGAAUGGGGCCCCAUUUCGAAAUCCCCGCAGCGUCUCUCUCCAUCUUCGACACCCUCAGCGUCAUCUUCUGGGUUCCAGUCUAUGACUGCAUCAUCGUUCCACUUGUCCGCAGGUUCACUGGUCGGGAGCGUGGCUUCACCCAGCUAACUCGAAUGGGCAUCGGCCUCGUCAUCUCAAUAUUCGCCAUGUUAGCUGCAGGACUUCUUGAAGUUUUCAGGCUGCGUGUAAUCGCGAGGCACAACUUGUAUGACUCUAAAGAUUUCUUGCCCAUGUCGAUAUUCUGGCAAGUUCCUCAGUAUUUCAUCGUCGGAGCUGCUGAGAUCUUCACUUUCGUCGGACAGCUCGAGUUUUUCUACGAUCAGGCGCCGGACGCGAUGAGGAGUAUGUGCUCGGCGCUCUCGCUGACGACAGUUGCGCUUGGAAAUUACCUUAGUACCCUUUUGGUGACAAUUGUCACCGAUAUUACUACUAAGAAUGGGAAACCUGGGUGGAUUCCUGAUAAUUUGAAUAGAGGGCAUCUUGAUUACUUCUACUGGUUACUGGCGAUACUUAGCUUUGUGAACUUUCUAGUGUACCUUCUGAUUGCUAAAUGGUACACUUAUAAGAAGACAAUAUAGAUGAUUUGUUGAUGAUAUCUGAUUCCAAAGUCUGUUGAUCAGAUGUUUAAGUGUAUUCUCUGAACUCAUAAUGUGUAAAUAGUUUUAUUCUCUAGACAUUUUGCAAUGUUUGGCAA